AUUCGGCAUCGAGCAAACCAGAUUCUUCUCAAAAGGCAUGAAUUAACCAUUUCUAUUUAGUUUUGGAAUGUUCAGCCGCGUUUAUAACUGUGUCGCCUAUAAAUUGAGACCAAAAUUCAACAGGAGGUUCAUAUCGGCCAAAUAAGUUGCAGUAGAGCGGGAAAAGCUAUGAACUUUGGUGAUAUUUCAAGCCUUGAAGGGUUGAGUGCCCUUGACGAGCAUCUGAGCGAUCGCAGCUACGUUGAUUCGUUUGAGCCAACUCAGGCCGACGCCAGCUUGUUUGAAAUGAUCAGUGUGUCCAAAAUUCCGCAGUCUUUGCCUCACUUGUCUCGCUGGUACAAGCACAUUGAAAGCUUUGGCAGUGCCAUCAAACUGUUUCCACCCUCAGCGUCAAUCAUGACUGGAGGCGGGGGCAACAGGCAGGGUGGUGCUGCUGCUCCUCAGAUGGUAAACGAGGCUACUCCUGGCAAAAAGGGGAAAUCCAAAGGAACUCCCAAUAAGGGUGGUGGUGGAGGAAAUGCCCCUAAAGCAGAACUACCUACCUUCAUUAAUGACCGUUUGGUAAUUUGGGAUACGUUGAAACAGUCCUACCUGGACGAUUUGGCGGCCAAAAGCCCAGAGAAAAUCGAAAUCACUUUGCCUGAUGGCAAAAUUGUUGAGGCUGAAUCGUGGCGCACAACCCCUUAUGAUGUCGCCAAAGGCAUCAGUCAAGGUCUUGCUGACAACACAGUCAUUGCCAAGGUCAAUGGAGUUCUUUGGGACUUGGACAGACCUUUGGAGGAAAGUGCCAAGUUGCAGCUGCUCAAGUUUGAUGAUGAAGAAGCGCAACAAGUGUUUUGGCAUUCAACUGCACACAUCCUUGGCGAAGCCAUGGAAAAGGUUUAUGGUGGUUGCCUGUGCUAUGGGCCACCCAUCGAGAAUGGAUUCUAUUACGAUAUGUUUGUCGAGGGGAGACAGGUUACCCAGUCAGAUUACAACGCUUUGGAAUCUGAGAUGAAGUCCAUAGUUAAAGAGAAACAGAAUUUCGAAAGGCUCGAAGUGCGGAAAGAAGUCUUAAUGGAAAUGUUCAAGUACAAUCCAUUCAAAAUCCGCAUUCUCAAUGAGAAAGUGAAAACUCCAACCACAACCAUCUACAGAUGCGGACCGUUGAUUGAUUUGUGCAGAGGCCCUCACGUGAGGCACACUGGAAAGGUCAAGGCCCUGAAAGUCACUAAGAACUCGGCCUCGUACUGGGAAGGCAAAGCUGACCAGGAAUCCUUGCAGCGAAUCUAUGGCAUUUCAUUCCCAGAUAACAAGCAACUGAAAGAGUGGGAAAAGUUCCAAGAAGAGGCAGCCAAGAGGGACCACAGGAAAAUCGGAAAAGAACAAGAGCUUUUCUUUUUCCACGAGCUCAGUCCUGGCUCUUGCUUCUUCCUGCCUAAGGGAGCGUUGAUCUACAACAAUCUCAUUGAGUUCAUCCGCGAAGAGUACUGGAAACGAGGCUUCAAAGAAGUUGUCUCGCCCAACAUCUAUAAUUCCAAGCUGUGGCAAACCUCUGGCCACUGGGCGCACUACGCUGACAACAUGUUCAGUUUCGAAGUGGAGAAGGAGACUUACGCCCUCAAGCCAAUGAACUGCCCCGGCCACUGUCUUAUGUUUGACUCCCGGCCGCGUUCAUGGAGGGAACUCCCCCUGCGCUUUGCUGACUUUGGAGUGUUGCACAGGAACGAGCUCUCCGGCGCACUCUCUGGCCUGACGCGCGUGAGGAGGUUCCAGCAAGACGACGCGCACAUUUUCUGCACCACUGAUCAGAUCAAAGCUGAAAUGUUGGGAGCGCUCGACUUCCUGAAGCACGUCUACUCUAUAUUUGGAUUCACUUUCCAACUUCGCCUCUCCACCAGACCGGAAACUUUCCUUGGAGAAGUUUCUGUUUGGGAUGAUGCUGAAAAGCAACUAGCUGACAGUCUGGAUGCCUUUGGCUCUCCCUGGACCUUGAACCCUGGCGACGGUGCCUUCUACGGACCAAAGAUCGACAUUACCAUUAAUGAUGCUCUGAAGAGACCUUUCCAGUGCGCCACAAUCCAGCUGGACUUUCAACUUCCUAUCAGAUUCAAUCUUAACUACAUCAAUGACAACGGAGAGAAGAUUCGGCCUGUAAUCAUUCACCGCGCCAUCCUUGGUUCCGUGGAGCGCAUGAUUGCCAUUCUGACCGAAUCUUGUGCAGGCAAGUGGCCUUUCUGGUUGUCCCCACGGCAGUGCAUCGUGGUGCCAGUGGGCCCGCAGUUUGACACAUACGCCGAAGAAGUGAGAAAGAGCAUUUACGACGCUGGCUUUGUUUGCGAGGCCGACUCUGACGCUGGCGACACCAUGAACAAGAAAAUCAGGAACGCCCAGCUUGCUCAGUUCAACUUCAUUUUAGUUGUUGGUGAACGAGAAAAGACUGCCCGCACCGUAAACGUCCGCACUAGAGACAACAAGGUGCAUGGCGAAUUUUCAAUUGACGGCGUCAUUGAAAAGUUCAACGCUCUGAAAAAAUCACGCACCAACUGCGAGGACACUUUUUAGUUGAUUAUCUAGCGCUCGCUCCAAUGCAUCCCAAUUUUGCAUCAUGAGUUUGUUGCUUGAUUUAAUUUAUAAAAUAAAGUACGCACCUUUGAA